AUUGCGUUCUACGCCACUAAGUGUAUGAUUGCCGUGUGGAAUGUACGCUAUAACUCUAUUCACUGUGCUGCCAAUCUAUUGGCUGGUCUGGCUCCCUAUCACGAACACAUAGCCAUUCAGGUGGUAGAUGGAGUUUUGGAAGACAUUAGACUAGGAAUGGAGAUAAACCACCCUAAGUAUAACCAGAGGCGAGUGAGCUGUGUUAAGUACCUGGGAGAGCUGUACAAUUAUCGUAUGGUGGAGUCCGCCGUCAUCUUCAAAACUCUCUACUCCUUCAUCACUUUCGGAGUCGUCAUGGAUG